GUCAACAUGGCUGCAAGUUUGCAGGUUUGGAAAGUUUGCAAAUGAGAAAUCCUUGUAUUGUUUGAAAUAUUUGCCUGUUUGUUGAUAACAGCGAUGGAGGAAGACAGUUAUAUGCCGGCACUUCCGCCAGGACACAAACAGAGAAAAAAACAGUUAUUCCUCAAGUGAUGGAGAAGAGGAAGCUAUCAGGCCAAGCUUGCCUUCUCACAUGAGGAAAAGAAAACAUACUGAUGUUGAUGAUGGGACAGGAACCCCAUCAACCAUGGGACCAGUAUUGCCACCACACUUAAAAGUCAGGAAAGAAACAGACAUAUCUGGGCCAGCUGAUCAUCAUGAAACUGAUAUAAUAGGCCCGGUUCUUCCUCCUCACCUUCUGAAAUCCAAAUGUUCAGAAGAUGUCAAUAUCGGUCCAGUCAUACCAUCCUCAAAUUAUGUAGCGAACAGUGACAGUAGUGAGGAUGAAGAGGCGAGAGAUGAAAUAGGCCCAGCUCUUCCUCCAGGUUUUAAGAAUAGAAGUGUCUCCAAUCAUGAUGAUCAAGCAUCGAUUGGUCCCAUGUUGCCUCCUGGUUUUAAGAAACAAACAGUUGAUGAUGAGGACGAUUCAUUUGGUCCAGCCUUUCCACCGGGGUUUAAACCUGUUCAUCUGUCAGCAGCUGGGUUUAAUGAGGAUGUGAUCGGACCUCUACCAUCUGAAAUGAUGACAGGUGAUUUGACUAAAGCAGCAGCCGCUGAGAUUGAACAGAGGGCGCAGAAGAUGAAGGAGAAGCUGACAGAUGCUCCCGGUAAAGACGCUCCGAAGGAGAGGGAAGCCUGGAUGACAGAGCUCCCAACUGAAAUGAAAAAGAAUUUUGGUUUAACAGCUCGGACUUUCAGGACACGAGUUAUUCCUGAGAAAGACAAGGAUGCAUCUGUGUGGACGGACACACCAGCUGACAAGGCCAGAAAGGAAAAGGAAGCAAGAGAGAAGUAUGAGAGAAGAGGAUCAUCUCAAGAUACAGCCCAGCCAUCAUCGUCCAGUAAAGAUAAGGCCCAUGCCAAGGCUGUCCAUAAACACAACAAGUCAAAAAGGCCCGACUCAUUGCUAGAAAUGCACCAGAAAAAAAUGAAAAAGAAAAAGAAGAAAGACAAAGAAAAAGACAAAGACAAACCAAAGGAGAGACGACCUUUCGACCGGGACUCUGACCUCCAGGUCAACAGAUUUGAUAAUGCACAGAGAAAUGCAAUCAUAAAAAAAUCUCAACAACUGAACACUCGUUUCUCACAUGGGGGCUCCACUUCUUCUUUCCUCUGAGGAUACUUUGGCCAUGUUCAUUAUAUACUUGGUAUCCACAUUGUCCAGGAAAGAUUGAAAAAAGCCAACACAAAAUGUGUUCGAGAAUAAAAAAGGACUUAGCCAAAAUCAAUGUGUGUGGUAUAUAUCUCACACAUCCUAUGUUAUUGAUGACGUAAUACAGCUGUCAUUGGAAA